AUGAGUAGCAGUGAAAUAUUAUCAGAGUCUAAUCAAUUAAAUACACCAAAAGGCAGAACCCAACAGACUGCAGAUGGAGAUAAGAAAGCCAAUAGAAAUAAAAGUGUAUCUUUUAAUGUAUCGCAUACUCUUGUAGCCGCUGUGUCAUCUCCUUUACCAUUAUUGACUCCGGACUAUUCGCAUGGUGUGGAUAUUAUACAAGUAUCAUCCAAGGAUAAAGAAUACAUUAUCUGGCAAGCCGAAGCGGCACUAAAUAUUCUCAAGGAAGCUAAAAGUCAUCGAGGAUGGAAUAAAUUGCCUCAAAGUGGGCAUCCAGUUGAGGCCUACAGCAAGUAUGCACAUCCUGGCGACAAAGUUGUGAUGGUGAAAGGGCAGAAAAUUAUACAAAACUUCUCGCAUCAUGCUAUCUUUCGUAUUGUCACGACAAGGAGACUAUGGGAUAGCAAAUUUGUUGAGGGAAAUUUGGUUGAGAAGAUCAACCAAACUACCUCUUUGACUUAUGAGGUAUUAAGUGAUACAGUCCAGGUCGAACGCACAGAAUACGUUGGCGAAAAUAUGGUUUUAUUUGUAACCGUCAGUGUACAAUCACAAUAUGUACCUAGUUUCCAAGAAAGGCAUAGGAAGCACACAAGUCUUCGAGGAUGGAUAAUAGAGCGCACAGGAUUGAGUCGAACCAAACCAAGUACUGAAGUUACUUAUGUCACCAACGGUAACUUCAAGGGAUUGGCAUCAAGCCUUUCCAAUUGGAGUUUGAGAAAGCGCGUAAAGGAUCUUUGUGAUGUGGAGAGUUACUUUGAAAGGAAUUCAAAACAGCUAAAAACUUGUCUCUCUGCCGUUAAUGGACCGCAAUUAACUGUAAGUCGUCCUCCUGCGGCCACACAAAUGGAAACACUUGCUGCAGACAAGGGACAUUACACUCUAGAAGCCUAUAGAGAGGAUAAAUCAGGAUCGUCUACUAAAACAGACAAAUUUUCUGCAGCCGAUACUCCAACAAAUUCAAGAGCGCAGAAAAAUCAAUUAUCGGGCCCCAUCCUAUCGUAUAGCGAUUCUGAACCGUCAAGAGAUGAAGAAAGUGCAAAUUCGUACGCUAGUAAAAGUGGCAGUGACCACGAUAAACGAACUACUGAUUCUUCUGAAGAGAAAUUUGAGGCCAGUGCCUCCAUCACAUGUAUCUAUCCACCAAAUCGACACGCGGAAAAGAAGAACAAAGCUUUAAAGUCCCUAGCCGAGUUGACAUCAUCGAUGGACGGAUGGGUGAUUCACAGCGAAAAACAAGGGGUUACAUCGAGAGUUUACUUUCAUGACACAAAUAAUCUUAAAGGGCUUCAAAUGAUACGGUGCGACGGCGUUAUAAAUGGUUCCUGGACAGCGGCACAACUUUGCAAUGUGGUACGAUGCUUUGUGUCUCGAAGUCAAUGGGACGAAAGAUUUGAAGCAGGACGAGUUAUUGAACGGUUCAGUGAAUCUGAUGCUCUGGAGCAUUGGGUACUUAAAAGCCUUUAUCCUAUCCAACGGCAUGAUGCUUGUGUUGUUACUGGUGUUUCUACAAAUACUUCUACCGGAACGGUUUUUGUGGCUAGCACAAGCGUCGUGGACAACAAGAUACAAGAGAGAGCAGCUUGUUAUCUUCGCUCCAAGGUGAUCUUGCAUGGAUGGGUUUUCAGACCCAUAUUCCAGGAAUUGGGCUCUAAAUCAAACCAAUGGUGUGCUCCUCAAACCGGAAUCAAAGUAACCUUUGUGAGCAAGAUCGUGUAUGAAUCCAAACUAUCGCUUGAGACGAGAAGAGUGCUGGAGAUGGAAGCCCUAGAAUAUAUUUCGAGGAUCGCUGACUAUACGAGGUCAUGGAGAUUUCAACCUUUUGCAAUUCAUGUAAAGGGCAGACUCUUAGAAGAAGAAUAUGAGCCGAAGACAGGAACAUACCACCUAAUCUAUGUGGCCAGACACGAUGCAUUGGAUGAGAUGGCUAUUCUUUCCAGCCAGAAUAAAAAGACUACGAUCCAGAUUGUCAGCAGUAGUGGAUUUGAUAUAUUUGUGACUCCCCGGGAUAUAGUUGUAGAAGAAACAAGGGACGGAAGGUUCUUGGUGGUUACGACUAGCUGCGAGAUGAAUAACAAGACUAUUUGUAUUGAUCUGGUUUAUCAUAAUCAAUACACAGCCGUAAGCCAUCGGAAUUCCGGGAAGCUCCAGUCAACCUCACCGGCUUUCUAG